AUGACCUCGAAACGUCCUGCUCAUCAAUUAUCCGAUGUUGAAGAUGAUGAUGAUACAACGGUGAAGAAAUCUAAAUUGAAUGACAGUGUAUCUUCGCCGAUCAACAAUGAUAAUCGUACUAUUGUAACAUCACCAAAACCGUUAACACGGAUUAAUACUGCUGAUGGUAGUUCUAUUGGUACGAAACCUUCAUGUCCAUAUGGCGUUGCUUGUUAUCGUCAAAAUCCACAACAUUUUCUUGAAUAUUCUCAUCCUUCUACUCAUUCACGAUUAUUGACAUCAUCGUCCUCCUCAACUAUUCAAUUAAAACGUUAUGAUCCAAUCGAUAAAAUCAAGCAUAGUUUACCAUAUCGAUUUUUUUUAACAACAGUAAAGGGUAUUCCCGAUGAAAAUAAUGCAUUAAAUGCCCUUAGUUUGAAGGAAAUUUUGUCAACACAGCAUGGUCAAUUGAUACAAUCAGCACAAUUUAAUUACAUGUUUCACAUAGAUUGGCUAAUUGAACAAUAUCCAUCUGAAUUUCGACAAAAACCAUUAUUGAUUGUUCAUGGAUGUAAAAGAGAUGAAUUAGCUUCAUUAAAAGCUGAAUGUUCACCAUAUCCAAAAAUUGAAUUAUGUUCAGCUGAUAUGCCCAUACCCUUUGGUACUCAUCAUACAAAAAUGAUGUUUUUACUUUAUACAGAAGGUAUUCGAAUUGUAAUUCAUACUAGUAAUUUAAUACCACAAGAUUGGAAUCAAAAAACACAAGGAAUAUGGAUAAGUCCAAUAUUUCCAAAAAUUUCAAAAACCACUGAUGAUUAUUCUACAACAACAGCUAAUUCAGAUUCACAUACAAAUUUUAAACGUGAUUUAUUAACAUAUUUGGAUCGUUAUAGUUCAAAACAAUUACAAUUCUGGAUGCAAACAAUAUUGGAACAUGAUAUGAGUAGUGCCAAUGUCCAUGUGAUUAGUUCAGUUCCCGGACGUUUUACAGGUGGAGAUUUUCAAAAAUUUGGUCAUUUAAAAUUACGCCAAGUAACAAUUUAUUGUACAUUGAAAACUUAUCUUGGUAUUGAUAAACAAGAACAAUAUCAAUCAUGGCCAAUUGUUGGACAGUUUUCAUCGAUCGGUUCAUUAGGUAAAGAUGCUGAUCAAUGGUUAGAAAAAGAAUUUUUAACAACAUUAAAACAGUUAAAUUCAUCAUAUCUUGAAAAGCCAGAAUUAAAACUUAUUUAUCCAAGUGUUGAAAAUGUUCGAACUAGUCUAGAAGGUUAUAAAGCUGGUGGAAGUUUACCAUACAGUAUGAAUACGGCCAUGAGACAACCAUGGUUGAAUAAAUAUUUAUAUCAAUGGCAUUCUGAUUAUCGAAAUCGAACUCAUGCAUCUCCACAUAUCAAAACAUAUCUUCGAACAUCGAAUGAUUAUAAACAAUUAUUAUGGUUUUUAGUUACCAGUGCAAAUUUAUCAAAGGCGGCAUGGGGAUCUUUGGAAAAAGAUAAUACUCAAUUAUUUAUACGAUCAUAUGAAAUUGGUGUUUUAUUUUUACCAAAAAAUUUUUCAUGUUCAUCAUUUCCAAUAUUAGAUGAUAAAAUAUCGGAUUCAUUUCCAAUUCCUUAUGAUCUACCACCAACGAAAUAUGAAGCCAAAGAUAAACCAUGGAUAGUUGAUAUACCUUAUACAUCUCAACGUGACAGUCAUGAUUGUACAUGGAAUCCGCACUAA